GAGGGAACAGACUGGGUUAGUGUUAAAUGUUUUAUGUCGCGGUGAUCAUCUUACUCUCUUUUUUAGUCUCCAGUUUGCUCGCGCAUGUAUUCAUAUUUGUUUUGCAGCAUUUUGACGCGAAAAGCGAGCUGGCUGCCAUAUUUGUUUGGAUUCUGUUCGUGUUUUAGCUUUAAACAUUAACGUGUUUUAUCUUCAACACCAUCGCAGGUUUAAAAAAAAAAUACAUGACACAAGGACAACAUGUCCAAAAGAGAAGCGUUUUUAGAAUCUGUCUGUAGAGAAAAUGUCGACGACUUUCUUCACUUCAUUCACAUUCAUAAGGACAAAGCGGAGCCCUUUGAUGUGGAGGAGGUGGUGCAGGAGAUGCCCAGAAACCAGAGAGAAGCUCUGUGGGGACAAAUGGACAAACUCCUUCAGGUUGUUUUGCAGGAGUUACCCCCUGAGUGGUGGGAAAAGGGAGAGGAGAACACUAUGGAAGUGACUUCAUCUGCAGAUCCUAAGCGCAUCAUAGCUGUUGUGGAAGGUGUGACACUUGUGGCCACUGUGUCUUUGACGGUGUUACAAGACGGUGACACAUACAGUGCCCUUCUGGAAACUGCUCACAAGCUUCAUGAUAUCCUGGUGUCACAGCCGGUGUCUGAGGCUCCUCUGCAGCUCCACAUCCACACACUUUGUGAGGCUUGGUGGAAAAAAGGGAUGAAGGACAAAGAAAAGUUUGGUCGCACUGCUUUCCUCGUUUCUCUGCAGAAGACUUUCACUCUGAAGAAACCAGGCGUAGAGAUUCAAAGACUUUGGGGCCUUCAUGAUGUUGUUCUGGGUCUGGACUUUACAUCAGACGACAACAAGCAGUUAGUCGAUCUGCUGCUUCAGUGCUUCCAGCGUCCGUUUUACAUUAGACACGACGAUGGAAAACGAUUCCUGGUGUUUCUUUUUAGCUGGAAUGUGGACUUCAUCUGGGUUAUUCAUGGCACUAUCAAAAACCAGCUGGAGUUUUUUAAUAAGACCAUGACAAAUCAUAUUAUGGAGAUCUACUUCAGAGCGUGGAAGAAGGCUAGCGGGGACUUUCUGGAGACAAUUGAGAAAGUGUGCAUCCAGGACUUUAUGCAGCAUGCAGUGUUGCUCCGUAGAGCCUCUCCUGUCCACGCUAAAGUCCGACAGAUUGUGAGCUAUUUCCAUGCAAGAAAGGACAGCCGCAGUGUGGAAACGAUGCUUUACAACCUCUACAAGCCCAUUCUCUGGAAAUCUUUAAGUGCUCCUAACUUUGAGGUGCGUGCGAAUGCCACAUUUCUCUUCACCGAUGCAUUUCCCAUUCAUGACCCUGAUCAGAAUAAUGAGUGUAUAGAUGAGACCAUUCAAAAGCAGCUUGAUUCAGCCAUGACACUGCUUGAUGAUCCUCACCCUGUUGUGCGCUCCAAUGCCAUCCUGGGGGUUUGUAAGAUUCUGGCCAAGUGCUGGGAGGUCCUUCCUGCUGCAAUCAUCACAGACUUCCUGAAGAAGUUGGUGAUGGAGCUGGCUGCUGACACCAGCUCCCCGGAUGUCCGCUGCACAGUGUUCAAGUGCCUGAUAAUUGUCCUGGACAACGCACUCAGCCAUCCAGUACUGGAAAAAUUUCUUCCUACUAUGAAGUACAGCCUUCAUGACAACUCUGAGAAAGUCCGUGCUGCUUUCCUUGACAUGCUCAUCAAGGUCAAAGCAGUGCGUGCCGCCAAGUUUUGGGAUGUGUGCAACAUGGACCACCUGCUGGCCCGUCUGGCUCUCGACUCUCCUUCUGUCUCCAAACGCAUCGUCAGCCUGCUUUUCAAGUCCUUCUACCCUGUUAACGAGCCAGAGAGGGAGUGGUGCUGUCGCUGUAUCACCCUCAUCCAGAUGAACCCCAUGGCUGCCAGGAAGUUCUACCAGUACGCCUACAAACACACAGCGCCCACUAACAUCAUAAAGCUGAUGUUGUCUAUUCGGCGAGUUCUGAACAGCUGUAUCCAGAGUGACUGCGACCUGACGGAGAUCGACGGCAACAAAGAGAACAAUGAGGUUGAUCCCAACCUAUUGGCCAAAGACAUUGGCCUUGUGUCCGGUCUGCUGGAGGUGGUUGUCAUCCUUUGGAAAAGUGUCAAAAAAACCCUGGAACAAAAUGAGGAAGCACAGAAAUACACUUUUGCCAAGUUUGGCGGUGUUAUGGCCAAGUACUUCAGCACUUUUGAGGAUGAGCGAUGCACCAUUCCUCUUGUACAAAUGGCUUCAUUUAUACCGCCAGUUGCAGUUCCAACUUUCAGCUGUGGUGUUCUGUCCUCGCUGCGCAGAAUGGAACCAGGAGCUGCUUUGACACAGUACAGCCAGCUCUUAAUCUGCAUGUGUAGCUGGGGUCAGGCUUCUAGUGUCCUUGAACUCAUCACAGACUGGCUCACUGAAGCUCUGCCCAAACAACUGGACAAGACAACCUCCAGCCGAAAGGUGCGUAUUCAAGAGACAAUGGAGGCUAAACCAGACCUGGCUCUGUCUUACCUUGAGUUCCUGUUGAGUCACCCAUCAACACGAGAGAAAGUCCUCGAUCUUGGUCAGGGUGUGCUAAAGCAGAUCCACACAGUUCUGGGAAACUGGAGGUCCGUGCUGUACAAUCAUCUGCAUGCCACUGCAGAAAAUCUUAAAAAUCCCAGCUUUGAAACUGCACUGAAAGCAUUCAUGCACCACGCCCGUCUUGGUGCACAUCUGCAACAAAAUUCUUCAGAGAGUCGUGACUAUCUGGUCUCGCUGGAGCACGUGGCAGCAUGGGUGUCUGACCGGGUGUUGGUUUUCUUGGAUGAAUGUCCCAGUGAUGAUGAGAAGGAUUCGGACAAGUCUCAAGGACUGGCCACAGAGAUAACUGAGAGCUUCCUGACGGUGUGCCGAGACGUUUUGCUUUUGGGUUUGGGAGACGAAUCAUUCAAGGGUCAAAUCCUGCACCUGUGCUCUCUUGUACUCCUGUCAGCGCGGGGUUAUCGCUGUAUUCCCACAAUCCUGCCCGUUUUGAAAGAAGUGGCAGACAGCUAUUUACCUGAGGACGACCAGACCCAGGAAGACCACAAGGACACAGCAGCUGUCAUCCUGGGUGUAGUGGCCAACAUCUUCCAGAAGAUUAUAGAAAUUUUGGCGCGCCGCCUUAAGAAGGAACCAGAAGAGGGGAAACGGUUGUGCGAGUCGGUCAUGCCCAGUCUGGCGGACCUGUUGCAAGUGGCUGAGACUUGGGAGAAAGCGCCACUCUGUGGGGUCUUCUCUACUCUUUUUGCCAUUGUCAUUGUGGAGAAAACACACUUGCUCCAGAAGAUCUCUCAUCUGGAAGAAGUCAUCAUCCCUCAGUCAUUGGAGGAUUUACCACCUUUUUCCAGCAUGCUCAUGUCUAUUGUCCUCAAAUCACCAUCUGUUACCAGAGCGUUUUUGACGGAAGUUGUUACAUCUCUGGACUCUGAGGCCAUCAACAGUCUGACUGAACUGGCCGCAGUUCUGCACAUCCUGGCUGUCAUCAGAAACGUGGGAGAGGUUCGAUCUGGCUUGAAGAGCGCUGUCGUGUCCAUUCAGCGUCGGCUUCACAAACAUGCAGACACAGCUGUAGACAGUGGAGACGUCCAGAGGGUUAUAUAUGAAUCUUCUGUGAAAGCCUUGAGUGAAAUUCUGAUUUAAUGAGUGCACUUCCCAUAAGAAAAAGGGGUGUAGGGGGGUGAUUGUAAUACGUAACUUCUAUUUUAUAUUUGUAUAUUUACAUUCAAUAUAAAUAAAUACAUUUUUUUCUAAUUACAAAUUUUCCAUUGUUGAAGUAAAAUGAUCACAUCAAUAUUUCUUCCUCACUGUGUUUUUUGGAAACGGAUAUCAAAAGCUGGUGUGGAUUCCUAGAUUUGCUGUGCAGAUUUAUUUGUUGGUGGAUCUUAAGACGUGUCGACCUGGAAAGAAAUGAACAUGUUAUCUUUUAUUCAUCUUCUCCAGAGUGCAGAGAUGAUAUUUCCUCACAACCCUGUGUUCCUGUUGCAUUCUGGGUUGUCAUUUACAUAUGCAAAGCAUAUUGUAUUUUUUUUUUAUGUUUGACUGUCUGUUUAUAUACUUAGAAGUCUGUCAGUGUUUCUGCACCAAUGUCAGUUAUCGAUACAAUUGACUGUCUGUUGAACAAUGUAAACACGUGUCUGUAUGUUCCUGCCUAUAUUAAUCAAUAAACCAGUCAGUCAC